GGAGAAGGUGCACGCGGAGCAGCCUGCAUAAUUCAGCUGAGAAUUGAAGAGAAGAACACAGGGUAACAAGACGAUAGGCAUACUGGGUUCAUUCUGCAGGAUUAAAAACUCAAUUCCUUCCGGUUAGGAUAUGAGUACUGAUUUCAGAGUCCAGUAUCAGUAGCCUCCGCCGUGAAGAGAGAUAGAAAUAUCGACAGGUUGUCCCGAUUCUGUGGCCGACAGCUCUUGAACACUGUACUGCAGUGGCCUGGUACUACAGUGGUACUUCACUGAAAUCGUCACGUGAACUUCACAUGCGGAUUCAAUUCAAGUUGAAUUUUGAGAGCCGUUCAUCAAGCCACUACAUCCUAAAUGCUUUCGCCUUGCCUCUUGCUUCUUAUUUGGUCAUGAGCAACGGUGAUGCUAGCUCCUCCGGGUUGCUGCAGCUAUAUACAACUGAUGUUUCUAAUAAUGUCCAAGCUAGAAUAUUCUCUGGACCUGUGGAUCCCCCAGAAAAGCCAAUCGCUGCCAGUGAAAGCAAUAACUACUUGUCUCCAUCUCCUCCAUCUCCUUCCCGACGCUCGCCUAGGCUUUUAAAAGGUCCAGAGCCUGAUUAUACAGAUCCAAAUGGAGGUAGCGUAGGGGCAAUCGUUAACCAGGACGAAGAACUCUUUGGUCUAUCGCGUCCCUUGACGCCAGAAAAUGAAGCUAUCGUCCAAAACGAACCGUCUUCGGUUCUUGCAUCUCGAAUCAUGCGGGCUCAUGAUAAUCCCUCUCCUCCGCCUCAGUCUCCCGAAAUCUUUAAUCAUCUAAAUCUUCCUACUCUAUCCCUACCUUUUCCGUUGGUCUCUACGAGUGAAGAUACAUCCGACUCAAGCACGCCUGCCUCACCUCCUUCUAUCUUUACUCCAUUACCCGUAUCAGAGCUCACAGGAGACGAAUCCGGAACCUUGAUUUCCUUCGAAACAUCUACCUUCCUCUCAAACACCCUAGAGACCCCAACCAGAUUGGGUCUUCCGAAUAACAUCCUCCACCAAUCCUUGACCAGUGAUAUAACACCAAUAGCUCAACCAGACAUGUCACUAUUUCAUGAUACAGAUUUAGCACCUACUGACACAGUGGAUGAACAGUCUGUGGCCGACGCAUUAGUUUUAUCCGUGGAUGAGGUCGAAACGAUCAACCCCGAAUCGACUUCAAACGAUACUCAGGACCCAUUCGAGGAAUCAUCCCAUAAACCUUUUCAACGCUCUACCCGUCCCCGCCGCAGUACUGCACGUUAUUCUAUACGACCUGAAACCUUCGAAUUCGACGCCUCCGAUACGGACGACCCUGGUCCAUCCGAUGAAACGAAGAGGGACGAUUCAGAAACCAAAAUCUCAUCUCCACGUCGGAAAACCAUUACACUCGUGCCUAACCAAGUUGAAAUGCCAGAACCAUUGCUAUUCAGCCAGCAACCCAGGUCUCGCUCGCCCAUACGGAAAUCAGCUUUGAAGAACAUGCGCGAGUUAGGCUCGUUGUCUCCGAGUUCUUCCACUAUCUUAAAAUCGUUAUUUCCUCCUGCUAUAUCUCCCCUGGGAGAACCUCCAGAAACAGAACCUACUUCUACUCAACCACCUUCCGAACAAAUUUUGACUCCUGCUCGCCCAACGCCUCCUAUAAGAUUUACAAGCCCAGUUCGAAAAGCCUCUCCCAAGAAAUUUCAGUUACAACCGGCCGACCUAGACAAUCCGAAUCGAACUCCUGCUAGACGCAUACCUAUAGAGGCUGCGGUCGCUAAUGGACAGGUGUCUGUUCAGAAGGCUGCUCGGUUGAUGGCUAAUGGUCGCACCACCACUUCUAGUAGGCCCGUGUUCAAUAUCCCUUCCACCGAUAGUCCAGUGAGGCGCGUCCUCCUUCAUGACGCCAAUCCAAUUAAUAGCCCUACCAAACAUUUACUAGGUAGCCCUAUGCGGAGUCGGUCUGUUGAACCAAAUCCCGUUGAACCGAUGCGCUUGAACUUGAAGAAACGCAGCGAAUCCGUGGAACCGGCUACGUCCAAAAGCCAAGGGAAGGUUUCAAGCAGGGCGUCUCCAUUCUCGCGCUCCAACUUAGCAGAGAGAGUACCAUUACCCUCCAAAGUGAAUCUGUCUCUUCAUCCUGCCAUACCCGAGGAAGGCCAGAGCACCAAGUUACACGAGAAAUUUCAGAGACCUGCUGCUCGUACUGGAUCAGCUCCAGUGGAGAGGUCACAUUUAAGGCAACCAACUAGUAAAAUUCCCCGGAUUGGCUUGAAACCAUAUGCCAGGCCACCCAUUACAUCCACUUCCAAGAGUCAGGAAAAGACCACAACAAUGAGGAUGGUGGAUUCGCACAAGCUGCAACCUUCCUCAAAUAAGCCUAAACCAUCUUCAACAACUCUCAGUAGAUCCCAUACUCCUUCUCAUGUUCCAACAUUUUCUCCAACUAAACAGCGGGAUCCCGUUCCUGGUACACCGUUAAGUUUGAAGCGCAAAAGGGGUCCAGAAGCAUCUUCGCCGACGAAGCCUACUCCGGUCGUUCUGCUUUCGAGGCGGCUUGCAGCUCCGUCUCCGAGUCCGGCGAAGAAGUCUGGUGUCACGAAGUUACGUAUGGUUAGCGAGAGUGAUGGUACACUACCUGAUCGCUCGAAUGCAGCCUCGUCUGGGACUGAAGGAAUGAAGUCGGCGGAAUCAACGGCUACUCGUGAUAAUACGAAUACCCUCCGUCCCGCUACUACGCUACGUAUGGUGAGCGACAGUGAUGGCGUUCUGCCCGAUCGCUUCGUCGUGAUGCCUUCUGUGCUUCAAGCAGUCGAUGAAGAAAAAACGACAUCGUCCUCUCCUCCUUCGACUGUUACCACUCAGUCAAUGGACCUUCCCCCUCAGGCCCAAGAUGAAGUAACUCCUUCCUCGGAUAACAUCCCAGAUAGCUCUGAUCCUGCAGAACCACAAUCAUCGUCACCUGUAGAAACAGUCCGUCGGACGACGAGAAGUAGUCGUAAUGCCGCUGCUGCAAUGAAACCCGUCAGUUCUUCACGUCCUCCGUCCGCUCGCCGAAAGAAUAUCCCUACCUUCACGGACACAGGACCCUUCUCAGGUAUGACUGCGCUGGCAUUGCGCACUCUCACGGACUCGAAUACUACGAAAAACAAGGAGUAUGUCACUGUCUUGCUGAAAACCGAGGUUGUCCGCAGAGAGGGUGCUCGCCCGGAAAGUCCUGGGAUGAACGUAAAGAGUAUCUCGCAGAAGGAGAAGGAGUCUAAGACGCUGGAGAGGAAUGCACGAGCGGACAGAAGGGCCAAGCGCGACAAUUCGACCGAACUGGGGACUGAUGAGAAUGAGGCUUACGAGGAUGAAGACUGCGAGAAUGAUUGGGCUAGCAGUCCCAGCGAUCAUAAGCAUACUUGGGGUCCUGGGGAUGAAGAAGAUUAUCAGACACCUGUUCAAUCCAAGCGUCUUAGACUCGAUGAAGAAAUUUCAGAAGACGAAUAUGAGAAGAAACGGGUCAAGUGGGAUCGGGGAUUGUACCAAGAGAUUUAUCUGGAUGAAAUUAAACCGCGGACUACACACGCACGAAUCACACAAGAAAGUAUCCAGAAGGGAUGUCUAGCUCCUAUAGCCAAGGCUCGGCCGCUGGAUACCCUCGGUAAUUUGCCCAAUGCGAAAUCUCCAUUGAAGGACAUUGUACCUGAGAAUAUCGUAGUAAAGAAAUUCGUCUACGAUAACGAUGUUGUCGAACCUGUAACGCCUGCGCCUGCACCUGUUAAAACUCGAUCAAAGUCGAAGAAGAAACCAUGAUCAUUCUUUGCCCUCCAGUUUCUUUUUAGU